CAGUGACGGGCACAGAGGUUGUAUAGGCACAGUGACGGGCACAGAGGUUGUAUAGGUACAGUGACUGGCACCGUGUUCAGGACCCAAGUGAGUAAAUAAACAGGAUCGAAAAACAGAAUCAGAAGAACUCGCACAAUGAUACAGGACGCUGUGGAUUUUUGUGUCAUUUUGGUACUCGGUCUUGUGGCCUGCAGCGUGUCAGGUUGCUCCAUCUCCCAGUCCCUUUCCCUAUCUUUAUUCCCAACUAAUGGAGAUAAGGCCCUGGAGUGCCACCUCUGUCUGGGGAAGAGGACCUCUCUGAGGGGCAGCUACACCUUCACCCUGACCAGGAAUGGAAAAAUGGUUAAAUUCAGCCAGAUAACCAUCCCAAGAACAUGGUACGCACUGGAGAGGAAAAAGAACAACACCGGCCGGUGGAGAUGUGAGGUGAAGGAGUUUCCUGAUCUCUGGGCUGAGUAUGACUUGGAGCCCUCCAUACCCACCUCACCAGCGGAAAAGGAGAAAGACACAGAAGAAACUUCUGUUCCUGCAUCCACAAUGUCCACCAGAAUCUUACUGACUAUUCUGACCGCGGUGCUGCUCCUCAUUAUAUGUAUUAUCGUGAUCUGCGUCACAUUGGGCUUCUGUAUCAUGAGGCGAUCCAGUGUCUUCAGCCGGCUCAGGGGCACUAGUGUUGCUGUAGCGGCCAGAGGAGCAGGAGACGGCAGUGCAGGAUUCAAGUACGGUACAGCAGACAAUGAGGCUGAAGAAGAAACCGGCUUUAUUAAACAACAGAAUAUAAUGGCCGGGUAAUGAGAUUAACAGUAAUAACAGUUCACAUGGGUUCACAGGGAAAGCUUACUGAACCGUAUACUUAACAUGGCGUUCCCGCCAGCGCACACAGAAAUACAGGCUACUCUCCUCUAAUAUGGUCCUGUCUGAUUAGAAACCUGCUCUAUGCCCUGCCCCAGGUUAGCACCGGUGCAAACUCAGUUCUGUAGGUCACAGAGCAGCUGCUUGUCUCAGUCUGUCAUGUGAAGGUAGUUGCAGUCAGAUCGCUGAAUCGGUCACUUGCUGUCUGCAACUGGUAGUCUAUAAUGCACUGGUCUGUAAUUGGUUUCUUUGCAAGUUGUUUAUCUUGUUCUGUCACUUGGAGGUAUCUGCAGUCUGGUCUCUUGAUCUGUAAUCUUGCUGUUCCUCUCUCUCUGGGGGCUUGCAGGCACGGUCAAGUACACAAUAAUCCAACUCUGUCUAGGGGUCUCUGUCCUCUGCCCCAAUCCUGCUGCCAAGUCUCUGGAUUGCUAGAUGUCUCUCUCUUCAGGAACACUUAGCAGCCCCCUACCCAUCAGU